UUUUACAUCAGCUAUUUUAUUUUUGACAAAAUCGCGUCUUCAAGUGCGCUAUUUGAGCUGUUUUGAGGCUUAGCAGCGUGGGCACAGAAAGCGUCAGCGGAAAUUAUUUUGACCUCAUAUCGUCAAACCGAUUUGGAGUUGAGUUUACAACAAAGUAAAAUAAUAACGCACAGCCUUGCACAAAAAACAAAACAAUCGCUUAUAAUGGCUUUUUUGGAAGAACCUCGGCCUAAUUCACCAAUCGAUAGUGAAAUGGAAGACAAUCCAACAAACAAUAUUCGGCCAUAUCAGUUUGAGCCCGAAUGGCCGGCUGAUGAACACGAAGAAGCUCACCAGUUUGAGGAUAACGAAGAACAGGAAUUUUUGUAUAUUGACGAUGAAUCUCGGCGCGACAAUCUUGAAUGGUGUCAAUGUGGUAACUGCCAAAUAAUGGAUAAUAACGAGAAAUGUUUAUGCUGCAAAGAGAUUUCCAAUAUUUGUGACAAAAAUUUAGAGGCAGUAGAAACGAAUGAGACCACCGAAGUCCCUUUGUGCAUUACACAACAUCCUGGUUUUGAGCCUGUUUGUCUUAACAGGUGGGUUUUACAAACAGUUUGGUACCAGUAAAAGCAGCAAUAUGAGGUAGCAUAUGAUGGGCCCGAGGACAAACUGUACCGCCAUAUUGCAUAUAGACAGUUGGCAAGAUGGUGCUGGGGUGUCUUGGGUAGAGAAGUGAGAGUCAUCUUGCCAUCAUGUGCAG